AAGAAGACAGCAACCCGAUCCCAUAGGGGCCGCCCAGUUCACUUCACCUCUCAGUCGAAUCAUGGACUCCACAUCCAGCUCCGCGUCCUCUUCCCCUUCCCCUUCCCCUUCCCCGUCACGCUACGGCAUAGUGGAGAUGGAGCUGGACGCCGCCGUGGCCCUGGCGAACCUGGCCGGCCAGGCGGCUGCCGUCGGGACCAGCUCCCCAGCUCAUGACAACCCCACUCAAGGUAUCUGCUCUUCUUCUGCCGCCGCUGAACAUUCCUCUGAUAUGGCCGGAUCGCGUAGCCUCAGGCCAUCUACCAAAAGAGGAACUAGGCAAAGCAUGACACAGGCAGAGAAGGAAGAGAGGAGAAUGCGCAGGGUAUUGGCUAACAGGGAGUCGGCGAGGCAGACCAUUCGCCGGCGUCAAGCCCUCAGAGAUGAGCUCACCAAGAAGGUGGCUUAUUUACGACUGGAAAACGACAGCAUGAAGCUGGAAAAGGAAUUGGCAACGCAAGAGUACCUUUCUCUUAGGGGCACAAAUGCACUGCUAAAAGAGCAGAUUGCAAUCACUGUGAGAGGUGAAAUUGACAUAAACAGCGCGGCCACAGAGAUGGAACCAUCAGAUCAACAAACUGCAGCUGGAUCCGUGAGGCCACUUUUUGUGCCAGCUUGUGCUUGGUUCCUUCCAUUGCCUCAUGAAGGUUCUACAGGAAUUGGCAGCAGUAGCAGUUUGACACCAUGUCAGUCAGCGGCAGAGAAUGAGAAGGGACCAAGAGGCGAUUUGCAGGUGAAACUGGCAACGACUGAGGACGAACAGUAUCAGGAUGCUGGCUCCCGUCAGAUUCAGACCCCUGAUGAAGUCCUUCAUAAAGUGGCAACAGCAAGUGCAGCUGCAGCAGAAGCAAGGAAGAGGAGGAAGGAGCUCACCAAGCUAAAACACCAUUACGCAAGGUAGAGAGAAACAGUCAAUCACAGAAACCAGUUGAGUUUAUUUAGGUAGCGAGUUUGUAGCAGCUGCAUGUAAAAUUCUAAUGUCAAUGAGAAAGUAUCAUAUUUGAGA